AUGUUUGAGGAAUUUCUCGGGAAGAUGAACAAAACAAAAAUCUGGAACACUUUGGAGUCGGAAGAAGAAGUUCACAAGCACUUGCCUCUUAAUAGAGAGGAGGUUGCUGUUCUGGAGUCCCAUCUGGAGCAAUGGGACAACACUUCGGGUAAAGACAGAAACAAGGUCUGGAAGGACACCACUACGGAGGCUCGGCUGAAGGCACCCAAGAUGGAUGCUGCCAAGCUGAGGUCAAGGAAGACUAUCUACCGGAAAUGGUUACAAAACCACGGUGAAAAGAAGGAUAUAAAAGCCCCUAUCAAUCUCGGAAGAAAGUGGACGUACCAGAUGGUGGUUGGCGCUCUCCGGAAGAAGGAGAUUCUGAAGAAGAUUGAGGACAAAACUGGUGUGAAGGCUGGGGAAAAGGAUAUGAUGAAGUAUUACUCUAAGUAUCUUGCGGACAUGGUGAAUUCUCUCACCGAGAUUGAGGUGGAGGAAGCUACCGAAAAGGCUGUAGAGUGGAACAAACAGGGAGUUUCUCCCGAUGUUCAGGCGGAUACGGCAAGACAAAAGAGUGAGGACAUUCUGCGACAUGUUGCUGCCAAGAUGUUCAAAAAGGCAGGAAUGCAGCUGUUCAUACUGUCGGCUUGGAAAGGCAAAGAAGAAAAACUAAUGGUCUUGAGCCACGACUUCAACGGAGAAAUCGGUAAUGGAGAAAGUUUUACCGACACUCACGACUGGAAGGAUAUAGUGCCAGAAUGGAAGUCUUAUGCAUCCAAACAGUUCGACAAGGAAGUAGACUCUGAUGAUACCCUGGUGAAAAAAAGCAGAAAAGACAAGAUGUACGUCCUAAAGAUAGGGGAUGAUGGGUUUCCUGUCCUUCCGGACCAUACACAGAUGGAUUCAGACACCCGUAAGGUGGUCGUCCAAGCCUUCUUGAAUUGGCAUUAUCAGGAUUGCAUGGGAUGGCCAAAAGAGGUGGUGCCAUGGAAGGAAGAGGCCGGCCGAGAUGCAACAUUCGAGUUCAACGGGUGGUGGAGUAAAUCUGACAAGGAAAUCAAACCUCCCAUAAGAUGGCCUAAGGAGUGUGAUCAAGAUUGUGAGGAUGAAGAGCUGCCGAAACUGGUCAGGAGGUAUGCAGAACAGGCGGUCGUCCAAUCAGAUAGUUCAGGCGAUGAUGACGACACACCUCGUACAUGGACGCACACGGCCAAACAAAGAAGUAGGCAGCUGAUCAUGAAGUCGCGAGGUAAAACAAAACCCGAGAAGGCUUCUGGAUCAUCAAACAGUCGUCAAGAAUUCGCAUGGGAGUUGGUUGGAGGGGAUGUGGCAUCCAAUAUCACAACCAGGCAGCCAGCAAAAACGCGCCUCACACAAUCCACUGCAUUGCAUAGCAUCUCAGAAGCUGUGGACACGACGCUGGGAGUGGGAGUGCCAGAGCCAUCGGCUUCCCAAGCACCGCCGACGCCUUUAGACAAUCCUCGGAGGGUAGGACCGGCAUCUCGUCCUGGGGGGAAAUUACGAAAGAAUUUAGCUGAGUGCUCGGACAAUGUUAACAAGGAAGCGGGUUCCAAAUAUACUGCCGAUAAACUGGAUUGCAGGAGGUGA